UGGCGCUUAAAACAGCAUUAACUAUAAGCGAAAUACGGGAGUUAGCUAUCUAUAUAUCUUAUAUUUUAUAUCAUCUGUAGCAUUGGGAAGUUUAACAGAUGUCAGAUCGCGGUCCAACGCAAUUAGUCGUUUGAUCAGGUUUAAUUUCAGAAUCUAGAAAACCUAAUAAAACAAGAUAACGUAAAUAUGUCAGACCCAGAAUUAGAAUCACUACGACAGCAACGGUUGAUGCAGUUGCAAUCUCAAUAUAAGGGUAACAAUGUCGAUAAUAAACAAGCAAUGGAAGAAAGAAUGCAACGUAUGGAAGAGAUGAAACAUACUAUAUUGGCUCAAGUAUUAGAUCAGUCAGCUAGAGCGAGAUUGAAUACGCUUUGUCUUGGAAAGCCAGAGAAAGGAAGAAUGGUAGAAGAAAUGAUUUUAAACAUGGCAAAAAAUCAACAACUACCUGGGAAGCUUGGAGAGGAACAGUUGAUCACUUUACUUGAGAGUUUAAAUCAACAAACGCAAAGAAAAACAACUGUCAAAUUUGAUAGAAGAAGAGCAGCUUUGGACUCAGAUGAUGAUAUGGACUUGUAGCAAAUGUACAAAUUUUAUAUCUAAAAUGUUACUUUAAUCAACAAAAUUUUGUCUUUGAUUUGUGUGCACAGUUGAAGGUAACCUUUUUCAUAUGUACUUUUAUGUUUAGUUGUAUUUUACUUUUAUGCUAUAAAAAUAAAAGUUAUUAAUGCCAA